AUGAGCCUCUCCAAACACCUACCCAUUUUCUUCUUCCUCUUAAUAACUCUUUUAAGUGCCUUAGCCCAUGCAGCCAGAUUUGAUAUAAGCAACAAUUGUCCCUUCACAGUCUGGGCAGCAGCCGUGCCCGGUGGUGGCAGGCAGCUCAACCCAGGCGAGUCUUGGCCCCUUGACGUCAAUGCUGGCACAGCAGGGGCCCGCAUUUGGGCUCGAACUGGGUGCAAUUUCGAUGGUUCUGGGCGUGGCCAAUGUCAAACCGGUGACUGUGGUGGACUUCUUCAAUGCCAAGCCUAUGGUGCACCUCCAAACACCCUUGCGGAAUUUGCGCUAAACCAAUGGCAAAACUUGGAUUUCUUUGACAUCUCUCUUGUUGAUGGGUUUAAUAUUCCUAUGGAAUUUAGUCCCACCUCUGGUGGGUGCACCAAUGGAAUAAGAUGCGCCGCUGAUAUCAAUGGACAGUGCCCAGCUGAAUUGAAUGCUCCUGGUGGGUGUAACAAUCCUUGUACUGUAUUCAGGACCGAUCAAUAUUGUUGCAAUUCUGGAAACUGUGGACCUACAUAUUAUUCCAAUUUUUUCAAGGAUCGGUGCCCGAAUGCUUACAGUUACCCUAAGGAUGAUGCAACAAGCACAUUUACAUGCAAUGGUGGGACUAACUAUAAGGUGGUGUUCUGCCCUUAA